ACCACCCAGGAAGACGCGGGCCGCCGAUUGGACGCAGUCCGGAGGCUCCGAGAAGAAGGCCUUCAGCGGUUGGGCAGUGUUGGGAAAGGCUGGUUUUAAAGGAGCCGCAGGUGGGAGCCGUCGAAGACCCGGGAUCCGCGGGAGGCGGCGGCUGCAGCCUGGGAUCCCCCAGGGACUCCCCGAAGCUGCCGCUUCCCCCAUGGACUUGCCCGGGGACUCCAGCCCGCCUGGCCAGCCACGUCUAUGCCGCCAGCCCCUGGCUCGAGCAUUAUGGGGAGCCAGAAGCCCGAAACGGGCGAGGCUGCAGCCCGUGGUGGCCCCUUCACCCUUGGAAAAGGCCUCUCGGCGGGUCCUGGCCGUGGUGCUGGAAGAUGUCAUGGCUGCCCAUAUGGCCCCCCUAGUGCCAGGAGAGGAGACCUCCACCCCACGGCACCCCGCCAACUGUCAGGAUUCUGUCCGAAACCAGCCGCCUGCCUUGCCACCCCAAAAAGCCAUAUGGUUGUCCCAGGCCAGGCCUCCCGACCCCCUGCACUUAUGCCGAGAGCCCUUGAGCCACAUCCAUCGGUCUCCUUCCACUCUGAGGUGUCGAUCACAGCCAACCCCUGGCCCAGACGAGGGCCCUUCACGAGCGGUGGACGGGGGCCCCCAGCCCACUCUGGUGGUGAUGCUAGAAGACAUUGCCAGCCCCAGACCCCCAGCUGAGGGCUUCGCCGACAAGGCUCCCAACUUCAUCGUCCCAGCCAGAAGAGCUGAGUCCGUGACGAUGGUGAACCAGCCAAUGCCUCCGCCCAGGGACCUGGAACCCCCAUUCCAGCCAUCUUCCUUGCCUGCAGACCCUCUGGAGAACCCAUCGCCAGCCCCAGAUCCUGUUCUGGAGCCCCCAUCGACCCCACCGCCGUCCAGCCUUUUACGCCCCCGCCUCAGUCCCUGGGGCUUGGCCCCCCUCUUCCGCUCCGUCCGUUCCAAGCUCGAGAGCUUUGCUGACAUCUUCCUCACAGCCAACAAAGCUCCGCAGCCCCCGCCCCCCUCACCCCCUAUGAAGUUGGAGCUGAAGAUUGCCAUCUCAGAGGCUGAUCAGUCCAGGGCUGCUGAGAGCACUGCAUCUGUCAGUCCCCGACCCCCUAUCCGCCAGUGGCGGGCCCGAGACCACACCCCACUAGCACCUCUCCCUAAGCCCUCUCUGGGCCGAAGCCACUCCUGCCCUGAUCUGGGGCCCCCAGGUUCAGAUCCCUGCAGCUGGCCCCCUGCUCCACACCACCUGAGCCGGCCACGGCCCCGGCGGCACACUGUGGGUGGUGGCGAGAUGGCCCGAGCCCCGCCACCCCCUCGGCUCUGUCUCCGGAAAGAGGUCUUCCCUCUUGGAGGAGUGGGAGGCUCUCCUCCCCUCGUCACAUCUUGCUCGUCCACUGCAUCUACUUCCUCCUUCUCUGAACCUGCAGAACCCAGGUUGGGCUCCACCAAGGGGAAGGAGCCAAUGGCCUCAGAGGACCAGGUGCUUUCAGACCCUGAGACCAAGACCAUGGGAAAGGUUUCUCGAUUCAGAAUACGCAGGACCCCGGCCCGUCCUCAGCUAAACCUCACACCAAUGGGGCUGCCUCGACCCAUCAGGUUGAAUAAGAAAGAGUUCAGCUUGGAAGAAAUUUACACCAACAAGAAUUACCAGUCGCCUACAACCAGGAGGGCCUUUGAGACCAUCUUCGAGGAACCCCGGGAGCGCAACGGGACUCUGAUUUUCACCAGCUCGAGGAAGCUGCGACGGGCUGUAGAAUUUCGGGACAGUAGCCUUCCUCGAUCCCGGCGGCCAUCUCGUGGGGUCCGGGCUGCGGCUGGCAGGACCAUUACUCCCAACCUGGCCCCCAGCCCAGAUGUGGGAACCCUGCUGCAGCAGCGGCUGGCGGAACUGGAUGCCUUGCUCCUGGAAGAGGAGAGAGUGGAUUAGGGUGCAGACCCAUUGGACCAUCUAUCCGAGAGGAAAGGGAAGACUCGAGGCCAUUUUAUUUUUUCUCUAUAUA